UUCAUUUUUCGACUUUCUCUCUUCUUUUCCUCCUUUCACUUAGUUUUUUCUAAACCAGUUUCAUAUUCAAAUUGUUUUGGAUUUCUACAUGGGGUUGAGCUUUCAUCUUUUAUCUAUUGUAACUCCUACCUGGCUUCAAUCUUCUCUAGUCUCCUCUGUGACUCUUUUUCCAGGGUUAUAGUUCUCUGAAGGUUUUUUUUUUUAGUGGUGCUAGUUUUCCUUUUAUCCCAGUUGGUUAGAUGAGUCACUUUUGUUAGAUUUCUUUCAUCUCCUUUCGGUUAUGGUUGUCUUCUCUUUUCCUUAUUCCAAGGGUUUCUGUUCCUACAACUUUGGAUAUUUUUUUGAGACCCUUUACAUGGCAGCUCUUUCAGGUUUCUUCUUCAGUCAUGAUUAUUGGUUGGAUGGUACUUCCAAUUCCAUUUCCAUCCCCUCAAUCAAUGUUGUUGAAGGGUUUCAGUGAGUAUUGGUAAAGCUCCUGAAUCAUGGAAUCUUCUUAUGAGGCAGUAAGAAAUGAUGAACCAGCCAAUCCUGGCCUUCAGAUUAUUAGGUACACCCCUUACCAAUCCUGGUCAUCACCUUGGUUUGAUUUGAGAGUUUUUUAUGUGAGAAUCAGCAAUUUUGAGGUUGAUGAUUCAACCCCUGAAUACCUCACUCUCAAUCACAUCCCCCUAAGCCCUGACACCCUCCUUGAAGUGAAUGGCACCAGAAGUAGUAUUUUCUCUGAUGGAGUCUCCUCCCUUUUGAGAAGAGAUCGAGUGGAUAAGAAGUCUGAAGAAGCCACAUUUGUGAGCACAGACAGUAUAAGGUUGACUGGGAGUGUCAAAUUUGAGGUUUUCGAUAAAGAGGAUCUCAUUCUUUCAGGUGCUUUGGAGAUGUCCAAUAGUAAUGGUUUUAUUGGGGAGUCGAAGACCAAUGCCAAGCAAUGGAGCAUGAAUUGUGAAUCCGAAAUCACUGCAGGAACUGCCUUCUUGAAGGGUAAACAAAUUGUUGGUUCUGAGUUACCACCUCCAACCAUUGAGGUCUAUGUUGCAGGCUGUUUCUCAGGAACUCCAAUCAUCUUAACCAAGACUUUGCAGCUUAGUUUUCGGAAGAAGCAUAAUAGGAAGGGUGCAUUGGAUUCUAUUCCUGAGUAUGAAACGACUGAAUGCCAGAAAAAUGUUCCAUCAUCGCAUGAUUUGCAGAUGUCUGAAUACACAAACUACAAACCUGAAAGUGAAGAAGACUACAUGUACUGGAGGAGAACAGAAUUUAUGGAAGGUGAAGAUGGUGAACUCUCCUGGUUCAAUGCUGGUGUGAGGGUUGGUGUUGGGAUUGGCCUUGGCAUUUGUCUGGGAAUCGGAAUAGGAGUUGGGUUGCUGGUCCGUACUUAUCAAGCAACCACCCGAAACUUCAAAAGGGGGCUCAUGUAAUUCCCAUUGUCUGCACAACAACUUUCUCCCUCAAAUCCAAAGGCAGCUGACUGACUUGUUUUUGAGAUUGCAUCUUUGACAAAUUUUUACGGGCUUUGAAGUCACCUUCGUGUAGCUAACACAGACAUUGCUGUUCAGUAAGCUUUUUGUUUGAUUUUUAAGUUUCAUUGCUAUUGUGGUGUUUGUUUGUUUAGAAGGGCAUGAUAAUUGUGAAGCUGGUAGAAGUGGAAAGGGCUUACAAAUCCCUGAAUCGUCGAGAUGAUAUAUAUAUGUUUAAGCUUGUAUCACUUGCAUUGCAAUGUAAAUAAAUGUUGUUCCUGGAACUGUUGUAUCAAUAUAUAAUUUGGAUAAAUAUAUCCAUGUUUUUCACCUUC